CCAGGAGGAGGGUGCCGUUGCCGUGGAGACGGGCCCGCCUCCGAGAGGGCGUUCCGGUCUUGAGUGACAGGGCAGGGAUGCAGGCGAGGCAGGGUUUGGUACCCGGGGCUUUGUGCUCUCCAUCCUCCCACCCAUGGGUCUGACUCUCCUGCUCUCGGCUUACAAGCUCUGCCGCCUGGCCAUGUCCGGCCCGGGAGUCCGCCCCGAGGGCUGGUGGGCCGAGGGCCUGGGCCCGUGCCCGGAGGCCUCCCCGGGGCUGGCCGCCGACAUCCAGGCCGCCCUGGACCGGGCCCUGCCCGACCUGCACCAGGCCGUCUCUGCCGCCAAGCGGGCCGCCGGACCCCAGGACCUCCAGGCCGCCUUGGCCGAGAUCCUGGCCCUGGUGGAGGAGGCCUGGCUGAUGCCCGCCCUGGGCCGGGAGGUGGCCAGGGGGCUCUGCCACGCCGUGCGCAUGGAGGGCGGACUGGACCUGCUCCUCGCCCUCCUCCAGGACCCCGACUUGCAGACCCGGUGCCAGGCCGGCCGGCUCCUGGAGCAGAUCCUGGUGGCCGAAAACAGGGACCGGGUGGCCCGCGUGGGCCUGGGGGCGAUCCUGAACCUGGCCAAGGAGCGAGAGAACGCGGCGCUGGCGCCCUUCACGGCCGGCAUCCUGGCGCACAUGUUCAAGCACUCCGAGGAGACCUCCCUGCGGCUGAUUGCGGACGGGGCGCUGGACGCCGUCCUCUUCUGGUGCCGCUGGAGCGACCCGGCCGUGCUGCGCCACUGCGCGGCUGCCCUGGCCAACUGCGCCAUCUACGGCGGGCAGCAGAGCCAGCGGCUGAUGGCCGAGAAGCGGGCCCCCGAGUGGCUCUUCCCGCUGGCCUUCGCCAAGGACGACGCCUGGGUCCAGUUCCAGGCCUGCCUGGCCGUGGCUGUCCUGGCCGCCAACAAGGAGAUCGAGCGCGAGGUGGAGCGCUCCGGCACCCUGGCCCUGGUCGAGCCCUUCGUGGCCACGCUCGACCCCGGCCACUUCGCCCGCACCCUCCUGCACAGCGCCGACCACAGCCAGGGACGGGCCGCCGGGGACCUGCAGGGCCUGGUCCCGCUCCUGGAGAGCUCCCGCCCCGAGGCCCAGUGCAUCGCCGCCUUCUACCUCUGCGUGGAGGCCGACAUCAAGGCCCGGCAGAGGAACACCAAGAUCUUUGCCGAGAUCGGGGCGGUGCAGAGCCUGAAGCGGGUGGUGUGCUACUCCUCGAGCGGGACCACCUCGGCCCUGGCCAAGCGGGCCUUGUCCACCAUCGGGGAGGAGGUCCCCCGCCGCCUGCCGCCCUCCGUCCCCAACUGGAAGCCCCCCGAGGUCCAGGAGUGGCUCCAGCAGAUCGGCUUCGAGAAGCACCGCGCGCUCUUCCUGGAGCGCCAAGUGGACGGGGACCUUCUGCUGAGGCUGACGGAAGACGACUUGGUGGGAGACCUGGGCAUGACGUCCAGCAUCACAAGGAAGAGGUUCUUCCGUGAGCUGACGGAGCUGAAGACCUACGCCAACUACUCCUCCUGCGACCGCAGCAACCUGGCCGACUGGCUGGGGGCCGUGGAGCCCAAGUUCCGGCAGUACACCUACUCGCUGGUCUCCUGCGGCAUCGACCGCAACUUCCUCCACCGGGUCACCGAGCAGCAGCUCCUCGAAGACUGCCGCAUCGGCCUCGGGUUCCACCGCGUCCGCAUCCUCAAUGCUGCGCGAGGUCCGUGCCGGCCCCUCCACGGCGCCUCCUUGCGGACUGCCAUUCCCAGCAUUGUAGUCCAACCACGCUUCCUUCCUCUCUCCUUAGAAAUGCUCCACUCCCCUUUGCCCUGUAACAGCACCAAGUCCAUUGCCGAAGGCACCGACGUCUUCAUCAGCUACCGGCGCAACACCGGCUCCCAGCUGGCCAGCCUGCUGAAGGUCCACUUGCAGCUGCACGGCUUCAGUGUCUUCCUGGACGUGGAGAAGCUGGAGGCUGGGAAGUUUGAGGACAAGCUGACGCAGAGCGUGGCCGGGGCCCGCAACUUCCUCCUGGUCCUCUCCCGCAAUGCCCUCGACCGCUGCAUGGGCGACCACGGCGGGAAGGACUGGGUCCACAAGGAAAUUGUGACAGCCUUGAACUGUGGGAAGAAUAUCAUCCCGGUCACCGACCAUUUCGACUGGCCGGAUCCGGAGAAGGUUCCCGAAGACAUGAGAGCCGUCCUGAAGUUCAACGGCAUCAAAUGGUCCCACGAAUACCAAGAGGCCACCAUCGAGAAGCUGAUCCGCUUCCUGCAAGGCCGCUCCUCCCGGGAUUCCUCCGCCGGAUCGGAGAACAGCCUGGAAAUCAGUCCUCCCCUGGGGACUUAUGUAUGUGCUUAUUAAAUGACAGAUGAUUUGCCAGGAGGGAGGGUGAAGUGGCCACCUCGGGGUGCCGACAUUAUACCUUGCUGUAAACGGAGUUAUGGGCCCCGUAGUCCUAAACAAGGGGUCGUUUAAAGGCACGGACGGGAGGAACGCGCUCUGCUCAUGCUCCAAAGUACUCGUGUCCUUCAAGGAAGCAACAAAGUCCAAGCACAAGAGUGAAUCAAACCUCUUUAUGAUCCUUGAUCUCUUGGCAAAGGCAGAUAAGGAACAAAAGGGGGGAAGAGGAAACGGAGGGAUUCGGGCCCAUCUUCAAGGCUGGAGGCCUCACGGAGUCAUAAAACCAGGGACAAAGAGAUAAGAUUAUCGCAGCAGCGUGUGCAAAAAAAAAAAGGGUGUCGCACCCGCAUUUUAUUACUGCGUUUGCAACAAUUUUUCUGGAGAAAAAUCAAGCUUCUAGACCUCAGUGUUCACAGAUAAACUUAAGGAAGACUUAUUAGGCCAUAUUUGGCUACCUUGUCGAACUCGUUUCAGAUCCAUUUUCGGCUACGGUGGACCCCGAGUCAGUGGGUCCCGGUGAGGGUUCGGCCACGUCGGUAAAAUGCCGAUAUUCGGGCUUGGAGUCCUGGAUUUGUAUCCAGCUGCAGAGAGAGAGAGAGAGAGAGAGGAAUGGGAGGAUGUAGUUACCAGAAUAAUAAUAAUAAUAAUAAUAAUAAUAAUAAUAAUAAUGUCUGCUGUGGACUCAUCUUGCUGUGUUUCAAAUAAUAAUAAUAAUAAUAAUAAAUGUCUGCUGUGGA